AACUUCUAAAAUAAAAUACUUCUUUUAUAAUAAAUAUUGUUGAACCUUUAACUAACUAAAGCAUGUAAAUAAUUUUAAUGUUCAAAUAAUUGGUGUUUUGUGAUUUUAAUUAAUUAAUGAUUUAAAAAGUUUUCAAAAUGGUCGCGUUUGGCGCCAUUGUUGUAUUUGCUUUCUACACACGGUUCGCGUGUUCUGAUGAUUAUUAUCAAAUGGGCUCAAACACGAAUGUAAAUGAAGCAAUGCAGUUCCUUCGGGAAUAUGACAGGGAGGCUUCUGGGAUGUGUUACAGGGUAACGAUGUCCCAGUGGAAGUUCGUCACCAACAUAACGGAGUACAACCAUCGCAGGAUGCUUGAGGAGUUGUCUCUCAGCUCCAAGUUCGAUCGGCUCUCGUGGAGGAAAGCGGUUGUGUAUGACAUCUCUAGAGUACCAGACCCUCAAGCCAGAAGGCAGCUGAUGAAGAUUGUGCGAAGCAGCCGCGCUGUGUUGCCAGAGGAUAAAUAUCUUGAGCUACAACAGUUGAUAACAGAAAUGAAAGAGAUAUACAACACGGCCAAAAUAUGCCCUUUUAUCCAUAAGCCCUUUGACCCUCAUGUACCAAAACCGUAUCCACAACCAGAAAUACAGUCAAACCAUCAAUACCUGUUGACAAACGAACAGCAAUAUGAACAGAAUGAAGAUAGCACGGAAUACCCCAACUACUGCGAUAUGCAGUUAGAUCCAGAGAUAUCCAGAAUUCUGGCGCAUUCUAGGAUAGAGAGUGAACUGCUUUAUGUAUGGAAGAGUUUUCGGGACAAAACUGGGCCGAAAUUGAAGAAUCGGUUCAUGAGAUAUGUUCAGUUGGCCAAUCAAGCGGCUGUUAGUACUGGUUUCCGCGACGCUGGCGACCAGUUCCGAGCUUCAUACGACGAUCCGUCAUUCAGAAGCAGCGUGGAAGAGAUAUAUAACCAAGUCGCUCCAUUGUAUAAGCAGCUAUUCACCUACGUGAGGAGGAAGUUGGUGCAGAGGUACGGAGGGAGUGUCAGGAGUGACGGGCCCAUACCUGCACAUUUAUUAGGUAACAUGUGGUCCCAGAACUGGAAGUCGAUAAUGGACCUCGUGAUGCCGUUCCCGCAGUCUCCGAACCUGGACGUCACAGCUGAUAUGCUGCGGCAAGGGUUCACCCCACUUCGAAUGUUCCAGAUGGCUGAAGAAUUUUACACCUCUAUGGGUCUGAAGCCGGUGCCUCCAGAGUUCUGGCGAGGGUCCAUGCUUGUCAGACCGCAACAACGUAGCGUGCAAUGCACUGCCAGCGCUUGGGACUUCUGUAACAGGAUUGAUUACAGAAUCAAGCAAUGCACAGAGGUAACAAUGCAAGAUCUUAUUUCCACACAUCAUGAGAUGGCGCACAUCCAAUACUAUCUUCAGUACGCUGAACUACCGCACUUGUUUAGAGACGCAGCUAACCCUGCAUUCCACGAGGCGGUGGCUAACGCGGCGACACUCUCCGUGUACAACAUACCGCAUCUACAACGCGUCGGACUUUACAACAAUAAAACACACGACUCAUAUCAGGUGACAAUGAACUUCCUGAUGGCAAUGGCUCUGGAAAAAGUGGCGUAUCUUCCCUUUGCGUUCAUGGUGGACCAGUGGCGUUGGUCUGUGUUUGAGGAUGGCGUGGAGAAUAUGAACAAACGCUGGUGGCAGAUGAAGCUUCGAUACCAGGGGGUAGUUCCACCCAUACCAAGGACUGAAGCAGACUUUGACCCCGGUUCCAAGUAUCACAUUAUUGCUGAUCAGGAGUACAUAAAAUACUUCCUGGCAAGUAUUCUGGAGUUCCAGAUCUUUGAGCAGGCGUGUGUUGUAUCCGGACACGCUGGACACCUGCACGAAUGUGAUCUAUACAGGAGUAGAGAUGCUGGCAGACUCCUGAGUGAAAUAAUGCAAUCGGGAUCAUCGAAGCCUACGUCUGACGUCAUCCGGUCAAUGACACGCGGGAAAACUAACAGAAUAUCACCGGAAUCUCUUGUUAGAAUCCCGUGGCAUGAAGAAGAUGAUGAUGGGAAUGAUGCCGCUGGUGUUCCACGUCGGAGCCACGUCCACGUGGAUGCUGGUCACCACGCUUUUGGCAGCCAAGUCCGUGGCUAUUGGACUUAUUCUUCUGGUGUUUAAGAUUGCUGUCAGUUCUGCUAAGGUGGCGUCAUUCUUCACAUCACUGAAGGCUAAGCAUGGUGGGCAUCAUCAUCAUGACUGGUCUUGGACUCCACAUCUUGAGCAUCA